AUGUCCAGUAUUGGCACAUUCGGCACCUCCAUCAACAGCAAUCAGGCCUUUUACCAGUUCCCGACCGUCACACUCGUUGUAGGGGCGACUGGCAAGGCCCAGCUCGUGCUCCGUACGAACACGUGCAACACUGAGCUUGUUGAUCGCACGAGCAAGCAGGCCAUCAUGACCGACCUGAACACAAAGUACCCCUACACCGACAUCAGUGACACCGCAAGCAUGGCCGACAUCAGCACUACAACCACCAACAACACUUCAAAUACGUUUGGUGGUGCCUUGUCACGCCGCAGGAGCGGAGGCAGCGCCUUUGCCCCCUCGACCCCCGAGGACGAGCCCACACCGCUGCUGGUGGUAGCGCGCACUGUGGAUGUUCACGCCACCCAGGCGCUCUCGCUCAAGGACAUGGACAUGAGUAACAUCGACUACCUGCGCCGGUGGCAGUUUACGCCUCACAUGGCCGCCGUCCCGUGCGUUGUCGACUUUGUGGACCUCUGCAAACCUUGGUCCACGGCCUCGACGUCUCUGGAGCAUGGUGGGGCCAAGCACGUGGUUGUGCUUGCGUACGACCCUGCACGCCAGCUCAGGACCGACCCCAUGCCGAGUACAAAGGAGACGGCCCGCGACGUCGUCGUCGUUAUCGCAACGCCAAAGCCAACCACGACCUCGGACCUGGGUGGCAAGUUUAUCCGCCUCGUCUCAGUCGCCACCAAGUUCCUGCCGACGCAAGGACGCUUCACCCUGGUUGGAAUUGAGGCGUUUGUCAAUGCCUGGUUCACGGUUCGCACGAGCGACGACCACGUCAAGGCCGUAGCCAUGCUGCGCAAGAUUGCCAUGGGCAGCCUCGUCUCGGCCUUCCGUACCCUCCAUGGCGACCCGGACCUGAUGGACGAGGAGGCCGAGGCAUACAUUGACAUCCUCACGCAUGACGAGUACCGUGCAUGCAUGGGAGACGAAGUGUAUGAGAAUGAGACGGUUGAGUGA